GGCAGCAGAGCAUUGACGCUACCGGAAACGAUAAAAAAGAAGAAGAUGAUCUCUUCAUACUUUAACAAGGAUAGUUGUGAAACAGCUUCUUUGCUAUGUAGUGAAACGCGUAGAUGUUUUUGUAUGUGUUUUAAUUUUUAAAGUUUGACCAUAUAUUCCGGGAGCUGUUGGCUGCUAAAGUGAAUUCAAACGAGGCCUGUAGCUUGUCCCAGCUGGAAGAAAUGAGCUCGGUCCGGGAGGAAGGUAAAGACAAAAUCAUAUUUGUCACCAAAGAGGAUCAUGAAACACCGAGCAGUGCUGAGCUUGUAGAGGAAGACCCCAACGAUCCGUACGAGGAGCAAGGUCUGAUUCUCCCCAGUGGGGAGAUAAACUGGAACUGUCCCUGCCUGGGCGGGAUGGCCAGCGGUCCCUGUGGGACUGAAUUCAAGGACGCCUUCUCCUGCUUCCACUACAGUAAGGAGGAGGUGAAAGGCUCUGACUGCCUGGAGCAGUUCAGGACCAUGCAGGAGUGCUUGCAGCGCUACCCAGAGCUUUACCCAAAGGAGGAUGAUGCACCAUCCAGCCAGGCAUCUGAGGAAUCUAUGUCUGUUGAACCGUCAGACCCAGCAGCUGGCUCUGAGAAAGACUCUGAUCCCACACUGCCUAACACAGAGAGCUCAGCAGAGAGCUAAUACAGAGCCUUACUAUGGAGCUCAUAGCUCAUUUCACAUUCAGGCAUCUUGUUAAACAUCUGGAAAGAAAAGAAAACAUACAAAUUUCUCUAAUUAAUAUUUAUCAGAAUUAAAAGUACUAUGAUAAAAGGGCUUGUUUUGCUGUAAACAAAAACAAAACGGGUCAAACUCGUAUCAUACACGCUGAUCAUGCAGCUGUAGGCCAGCAGCAGCUACUGUCAAGUCAACAAUCAUUUCUAUAGGCAGGUGGUUUCUCUGCAGAACAGAACUCAUUUCAUGGGAUUUAUGGAACAGAACUGUUACAGUAUCAAUUCUGCUACAGAUUAUCAGAACUCACUAAGGUUUGUGGGUUGCUCUGGUCAAAGAUGGGUUAAGCAGGAGCUAAUUACUUGACUUUAGUCUGUGAUCUUACAGGACCAAGCUCAUCUUGUUCACCGGGUGCACAUUGUGUAUACCUCUGUUUGCCUUUCUGUCUACUCUGAUUGAUCAUAACUUCAGAAAUUGUAAAACUGCAGUAACCUGUGUGUUAAACUUUCGGUUGUGCCCUCCUUUUUGCAAAUAGGCUUUACAAAAUUUCAGAGAAAGCUGAAAGUGUAUUUUAUUUUCACCGUCCUGUGGCUGAAUUCUCAGAGACAUGAAGAGUUAAUAAUACUUGGUCACUUUUCAUUGUGAGCUCCUCGGUGUUGUUUCCACUGUUGCCUCUCAGGCUGCACUUAUUCUUCUUAAUUUAUAACCAGACUUGAAGAAUUUACCUCAUCUGAACCAAACUCAACCUUUUGUGUGCAGCAAAAGAACGAUUGCAGUGAAAAUUGCUUACAGUUUUGUAAUAAAAAAGCAUUGUAACUUUU